UCCAGUGCUUUACAUUGCGACUCUUUCCUCCUUCUUCAUGUCGCGUGCGGCAUCGAACGGCUCGACAACGCGUACUCGCAGUGUCCGUCGCCAACGUGGCGGACAAUUCGAGUACCGGAGGAUGUCGAAGAUGGAACUCGAGUUGAUCCCGUUGCAGAAAGCGGCUACUUUGAGACCUUUGGGAGACGACGAGACAUUGCGGGAUGGUAAAGACCGUCGAGACUUGCACAUAUUAGCUGGACAAGGAAAUGUGGAGGAGCUGGCUAGGGCGCUGGAGAGUGAAGGUGUUUUCAUUCCUGGAGAGCGGAAGAUGAAUGUCAAUGAUCAGGACAAUGGAGGGAACACACCGCUUCAUGUCGCCGUCGAGAAUCACGAGCUCGAUGUCGUUCGAUUCCUUGCCUCGCAUAACGACGUCAGCUUCUUAGUGAAGAACUAUAAUCAAGAGGCUGCUCUACAUGUUGCCGUCAAGUUGGGAGACUUGGAGACAUUAGAGGCCAUUCUUUCAUCCGAGACCACAAGUGGCAUCAAGUCUGUCGAUGUUCCCGGGCCAAACGAUAAGACUCCAUUGUACUUGGCUGUUAACAUGGGACAAAUUGAAAUAGUACAACUUUUGCUUAGCAAGGAUGCUAAUCCUCUCCAGCCUGAUCAAGAUGAAUUGACUCCUGUUGGUGUGGCUGCUUUAAAGGGGAACUUGAAGAUGAUUGAAUUGUUUUUUAAUGAAGUCGAGACGAAUGUUCAUGAAAACUGGAGUGUUCAAAAUCUCAAAGAAGACAAGCUAUCAAGCGAUGGCAGCACAUUGUUGCACUUGGCUGUUGAAUCAGGCAACCCAAUUGUCGUAGAGUAUGUCCUCAAUAAAAACCUUGACAUCAAAGCGAAGAAAUCUGAUGGCAGCACUCCAUUGCAUUUAGCUUGUGCUAAUGGGCAACUGAGCAUAGUGGAGAUUCUGGUUGGUGCGUUGAUCAAUAUGGGAUGUCAAGAUGGUUUGAUGGAAACGGAUGACCAAGGAUUGAUUCCUAUUCACAGAGCUACAGUGUUUGACCGCUCUGAAGUAGUCGAGUAUUUAUUAAAACAAGGAGAUUUUCUCACUGUCCUCACUGAAACCGGCCUAACUCUCAUAUUGCUUGCUGCACAACAUGGAGCUGACAAAACGGCUACCCUGUUGCUUAAGAGCGGAGCCGAUCCGAACUCAAGGACACCCGAUGGGUCGACUCUAUUGCACAAAGCAGUUCGUAGUUCGAGGACAUUGCAAACAAUUAUGGAUGCAUUGGGAGGCAGUCUACCCAACCUCAUUAAUCUUCAAGACCUGAACGGAUUCACAGCUUUACAUUCUGCUGCUGCUUCUGGCAGCGUGCAGGCUGUGUCGCUACUCCUCGACAAAGAUGCUCGUGUUGAUGUCACAAACAGUGACCUUGAGCUCUCUCUUCAUCUCGCUGCCAAGGGUGGCCAUCUGUUGGUCGUUCUGAAUUUAGUGAAUCACGGCUACAUGCAGAUCAAUGACAUUAACAUACAAGGGAAGACUGCACUCCAUCUUGCAUCACAAGAGGGUCACGUUAAUGUCGUAGACUAUCUGCUGCAACGAGGGGCUAGAAUUUCCAGUGACCACCAAGGCAGGACACCCAUCCAUCUUGCUGCUGAUGUCGGAUCAAGCGGUUGUCUAGAGUUGCUCUUGAUGCAAUUCGAGGACUCAAUCGAUUUACAAGACAGUGAAAAACAAAAUACCGCACUUCACCUGGCAGCACGUGGUGGGCACUCGCGGCUGGUCUGUAUGCUCUUAGACAAGAGAGCUAAAAUAGAGGACAAUAGUGAUGAAGACAACGUGCUUGACGUGGCAUUGAAUACAUCUGCGGCUUCAGGUGUUCUUCUCGUUCUGACUGAACAUGAAAGAUGGGCCGAAAUGAUGAAACCACAAGGCGACGCCGGAAAGAAAUCCCAACUGCAGUUUCUCGUAGAGAAGAAGCCAGAAGCAGCUGUGAAAAUAUUAGACAAUUGCAUUAGCAAGGAGAAUGCUCCAGAUGCACCCAACCACAAGGUGAUUUAUAAUUUUACAUACUUGCAAGGAGUCGUAGACAAAGACGAUUCGGUGUCUAUGGAUCAAUCGUUGGCUGCAUUGAAGACGAUGGCAGAAGUAAAGAGUGAAGAAUGCCUCCAUCAUGAACUUUGUGUCGUAUUCCUCAAUGUCAAAUGGAGGAAACUUGGCUGGACUGUCUACAUUAUCAACUUGCUUAUCUACAGCAUCUUCGUUGCUCUGUUGACCUAUUAUGUGUUUGAUUUCCCUCGUUAUCCGAAUGCAUUUCCUGAUGGCAAUUGUUUUCGUGAUUUGCCGAUUCGUUACAUCAUCAUGGUGUUCUCCAUUGUGAACCUGCUGAAGGAGACGGGGCAACUCGUUACAGAGCGAAUAAUGUACUUCCUUCAUUUCACAAACAUCAUCGAAUGGACGCUGUACAUUUCAACACUCGUGUUCAUGGAUCCGAUCCAACUGUUCAAAUCAACAUGCGAGAACUCUACGAUGACCGAUACAAUGAACAGAACGAGUACGUGUGUCUAUCACUGUCCAGGCGGAGUGUGGGAGGUAGGAGCGAUUGCGAUCUUCUUUGCAUGGAUGAACAUGGUGCUGUUUUGGAGGAGGUUUUCUCAAUUCGGACUUUACGUAGUGAUGAUCAGCACGAUGGUGACGACUCUACUAAAGGUUAUCAUUGUUGUGUUCCUGUUGGUCAUCGCAUAUGGUCUUGUCUUUUUGCUGCUGUUAAGGAACCAGCCGGCUUUUCAUGACUUUGGAGUGUCUCUUAUGAAGGUGUUUACAAUGACGUUGGGUGACUUUGAGUACACGUCUGUUUUACCAAACCCUGAGGAUGAUAGUCAUGAUGAUGCGACAGCUGUGUACUUUCCUGGGCUUUCGUACUUUCUUUUUAUCUGUUUUGCGCUCUCAAUGAUUAUCAUCGUGUCAAACUUGCUUAUUGGUUUGGCUGUUGGUGAUAUUGGGGCUGUGCAGAGAGGUGCAACUAUGGAGAGGUUGUCCAUGCAGGUAACCAUGAUUGCCGAGAUCGAGAAAACCAUUCCGAAAUUCUUACUAAAAUAUCUGAAGCAUUGCAUAUUUACGGAGGUCAUCUCCCAUCCAAAUCACAAGACGACACUUCGAAAAUGGUUUGUUAACUACUUUGUUGACAAUGUAUCGGCUGAAGAAGCUGGUGAGGAGACAGAAGAAACAGAUGAGGAGAUGCGCAAAGCGAAAGACGACACGGAUACUCUGAUGGAAAGAACGAAGUCGCUUGCACUCAGGAUGGACCGUCAAAUGGAUCUCCUCAAGAGUCUAACAGGAAGCUUAGCAAAGAGUCAAGGUUUAUCGAGUGACUUAGCAAUGGCAGAGGAUGAGGUUGAGGCAGACGAUGACGAGGACAUGGACAUCGACAUCGCAACGUUCGUCACGAGAGCCGCAUCGGCCAACAGAAGUAUGAUUAACCCACAAGCACCGUUGAGGCGAAUCAAAUGGGGACAGGAGAACGAUUAUGUGUAAUGUUGUUGGAGUGAGUGUAGGUCACAUGCGAGUUGAUUGUAGAUCGUAUUCGGUUGUAAGCGUAUCGAUUGUGAUUUCUGUAGUUGCAUGUAUGACAGGAUUAGGUGUGGUAUGAGUGUGUUCUCUCAGUCUACGUGUAUGUACAUGAAUUGGAAUUGAAAUUUAGCAAAUUGAAAAUUGAGAAUCCUA